CCAUCAAAAUUUGUGGACGGUUUUUGGAGAAAAAGGCUUCAGACUUUUAUUAAAAGUUAAGAAUAAAAGCAAGGUCUAUAUUUAAGUGAAGUGAAAAUUACCCAUGAGAAAGACAAGGUCACCCAAAAUCUUUGCAUGAUAUCCAGCAAAAGAAGCUGCUUUUUUAAGGCGUGUGGAUUAUGGAGUGGUCGGUCACAUGUCACCACAGUGAAAAGUUCAUUUUCCUCUCAAUCAAUGAGAGAACUCCAGAGAAUUCAGCUUACACUCCCUCAAUCUUUGUCCUAAAGUCACGCUACGAAUACCCCACCCCUCACUUCCAAAGCUAUGCCCAUGAUUUGUGAGUACGCUGUUUGAUCCAUUUCGCUCUUAUAAAAAAGCCUGAAGAAAUAAAAGAGUAGCAUAGAGAGAAGUGAACAAAUUAACUUCCUCAGUUUUCUUCACUGAGCAAGAAAAUGGAAGGGCAAAAUGAAGAUGUUAGGUUGGGAGCAAAUAAGUACAAGGAGAGGCAGCCUAUAGGAACAGCUGCUCAAAGUCAAGAUGCCAAAGAUUACAAGGAACCACCUGCAGCACAACUUUUUGAGCCUGGCGAGUUAUCCUCGUGGUCAUUUUACAGGGCUGGCAUAGCAGAAUUCGUGGCCACUCUCUUGUUUCUUUACAUCACAGUUUUAACUGUAAUGGGUGUCGGCAAAUCUUCAAGCAAGUGUUCAACUGUAGGAAUUCAGGGCAUUGCUUGGGCUUUUGGUGGCAUGAUCUUUGCCCUUGUCUACUGCACUGCUGGCAUUUCAGGGGGUCACAUUAACCCAGCAGUGACUUUUGGACUGUUGUUGGCGAGGAAGUUGUCACUGACCAGAGCAGUCUUUUACAUGAUAAUGCAAUGUCUUGGAGCGAUAUGUGGCGCUGCUGUCAUUAAAAGCUUCCAAAAGACCCAGUAUGAAAGGCUAGGGGGUGGUGCAAACACGGUUAGCUCAGGAUAUAGCAAUAGUAGUGGCCUUGGAGCUGAGAUUGUUGGUACCUUUGUUCUUGUCUAUACUGUCUUCUCUGCCACUGAUGCUAAGCGUAAUGCACGAGACUCCCAUGUUCCUGUAAGCAAAAUUACAGUUUCGCUAGCUUUCUUUUCCGUUUCGAAGUGUUGUAGCUCUUCAUUGUUGCCAUUUGAAGACUUGAUUUUGGUUAAUUUGAAUGAAUAUCAGAUCUUGGCACCGCUGCCUAUUGGGUUCGCGGUGUUCCUGGUACAUUUGGCAACAAUUCCAAUUACAGGAACAGGAAUUAAUCCAGCUAGGAGUCUUGGCGCAGCUCUUAUUUACAAUAAGGACCAAACAUGGGAUGACCAUUGGAUAUUCUGGAUAGGACCCUUCAUUGGAGCAGCCCUAGCAGCUUUAUACCACCAAAUAGUGAUCAGGGCCAUCCCUUUCAAGUCCAAAUAAGCGACUGAUCAUGGAAACAGUGCUGAUGAGUGAACAAUUCAGUCCACGAUGAAAUGUUCGUCUCCAUUUUCCUUUUCUCCUCCUAUAAUCUUUUUUUUCUUUCCUGGAUGUAAUUGGUCAAUAGUGUCAAGGAAUGGCGAUUAUUAGUACUGCUUGUUCCAUGCCAGUGAAUUUUAGCUGUAACUGAUUCUCUCAUUCUGAAUCUAUUGAUCCAUUAAAAAGUUUUCGACUAUUCUAAAUAAAAUCAUGAUUGGAAUAAUUUACUCCACCACUCGAUGUAUGACUACAUGAGCUGAGUUUCUAACAAAAUAAGAAGAAAUAAGAGAGAUAAAAGUGCAUUAAUAAGAGAGAUCCGAGCCUACUAUAAACCGAGAGGAACUUGUAAUCUUAUACGGGCUACAUCUAUUGCAGCCAAUUUAUGCCCAUUCUUGGGCCAAAACGUUCAAAGAGAAAUCCUAUUGGCGACCAUAGUUUUAGAACCAAAUAAUCGGUUGUUUUAAUUAUGAUCAAUUGUAUAUUGAAAAUGCUAUGGGA